AUGGCGGGCUGUGCCUCGUGGAGUACUCCGACACCCCUGGAGAUCUAUGCCAGAUCCCUGCCACAUGAUGCGGACGCAGCCGCGAUGCUCUUCCCCAUGUACACCGUCUCCGUGGACGUGCUACUCGAGAUGACGAAGGUUGAGCCACACGAGGAGCUAAAGGCACGGGGCGAGCUCACGGUCUUCAGCGACGACCUGGGGAGAGCGGCUUUCGUUUCGCAUCAGUGGCUUGCCGCUGACCACCCGGAUCACGACUUCAAGCAGAUGCGGGGUCUGCAGGAUGCGGUGAAGCGGCUGCGUUGCGGCCGCGGCUCUGUUUCGCUGGACCAAGUUACUGAAAGCUACGUGCGUACUGCGAAGCCCAUCCCCAUGCAUGAGUUUCAGGUCCAGGCCUUGUUCCUUUGGUACGAUUAUUUCUCAUGUCCACAGCUGGAGCAAAGGGUGUCUUUCGGCGCGGAAACAGAUGGCAGCCAGCAAGCCAGUGCUAUCAACAGCAUCCCAGCUUAUGUAGCCAAGUGCCGCUUCUUCCUGGCCCUAUGCCCAGUGCUCGAUUGCCCCUUUGAGGGCAAGGUGUUGACGGCGGCCACUUGGAGUCGAAGGGGGUGGUGCCGCCUAGAGCGCGCUGCGCGUGAGCUGUCACGAAACAGCAGCUGGAUUCUGAUUCGGAGUGAUACUUCUAUGGAAGUUGUUGGCACGGUGCUGUCGUUUCCGAGUGCAGCGGUUGGUGAAGGCGACUUCACAGUUGCGGAUGAUCGGCAGAAGCUAGCCCCGGUGAUGCGGCAGAUCCUGGUACAAAAGCUGAGUCGCUGCCUAAGAGCAGGCGACCUGCCCGGGUUCCGGCGGCACUUCAACCUCCAGGCCGUCCAUCUACGAGGCUUAGAAAUUGAUCCGGUGGGUGGCCUGCUUCAGAGAUCUCAUGGCGACUCGGCAGAGUUCCUGCACCAGAAUGGCUUGAGGAGGGUCGACGACGCCGAUGCUGCGGGCUGGCGUCCGCUGCACUAUGCCGCGCUUGCCGGGAAUACGACGGUGCUAAAGGGGCUACUGGAACUCCGCGCCGAUCUGAACCGGCGCACAUCGAAGGAUGAGCCCGUGCUGGGCUUCCCGGCCUGGACGUCGGUGCUCGAAAUAGCCACCUUCUACAAGCACCACGAGGCCACGCGCUGGCUUCUUGCUGCGAGGGCCCGGUUGGGGGGCGGACGAACUGGGAGUCCUAUCGCCUUUGCGGCAAUCUCCGACAAUGAAGAGGGCAUUCGCUUACUCUGCAUGGCAGGCCUCAAGCCGCUGGCUCAUAACUUGUUUGGCCACACCAACUUGGAAGCUGCAGCCUCCUACGCUGCCUUUGCAGCUUUAGAGGAGCUGGUGCUGCAGGGACGCCCGAACCCCUUGGAGCUUUCAAGAGCACUCUGGGGUGCGGCAACUUUUCGGGGUGGCUCGGCGGAACUGGUGCUCCACCUCAUUGAGCUCCGUGCCGACAUAAACUUUCAGUUCAAGUUGUCGCGGGAUUACAGGCCGCUGGGCCGGCUGUUCGUGGGCGUGAAGUCCUUGCAGCACCGGCUCGGCUCAGCCUCUAUCAUGACGGCCUUUGCUUAUCACCUCCACGGCAGCACUCCGCUGAUGCAGGCCGUCAAGUCGGCUCAGUUUGAGGCUGCAGCAGCCCUCAUCGCAGGUGGUGCCAGACUUGACCUCCGGAAUUGCCGGAACUGGGCAGCGGCCGACUUUGCCAGGGGUCAGUCGAUCCCGCGCUUUUUGCAGCUAGGUUUUCAGGGGGAUGCAUCGGAGUGCCGGAGGGUGUCCUCACUGGCCAUGGCUGAUGGCUAUGUGGAGGUUCCCUUUUGA